AUGCUGGUCGUAUGUCGAUAUCAUCGUGCGUGUGUAAUUCUCUAUGCGACUAUUUACAAACAGCGUGAAAAGGAUUUGCCUGUUUUUAUUUACAUCCAGCAAAUGGCCUGUCAAUAGGACGUAUGUAAGCGGAAAGUACCAGUGGAGGACCAUAACCCUCGAUGGAAACAUUAUUCUUAUACUUUCUUAUUAAACUUGACGAAAGCUUUUAACCAAGGAGAAAGGAGGUUGAUUUAUUAUUUUUUCUCCCACAAUAUCCGGGUAGACAAUCGAUACGAGAGAACUUGCUUUCUUCUGCCUGUACCUCAGCCUCGGGCGACUCAUCGCUUCCAAGUACUUUCCAAUAUCAUCUUGCGGCAGAAGGACGGUAGCUUUAUCAUGAAAUACGGUACGGUUUAACAGAAAACUUAAAUUACAUGGUGCAAGUUCCAUUAUUCAACGUUCCAAUGAGAGGAGAAAGGCAUGAAAACACAAGCAGCGCCAGAAAAAAAUGGCAUUAUGGAGAAUAGCGAAUAUAUCUUAACUGAUCCAGAGUACGGUAAACUGUAUGAUCAAGCAACGAAUCUUUGUUGGGUGAGAGAAGAGAGAAUAAAUAUUUCAAACAUCAAUCUAUGAUUAUGUUCUAUGAACAGUAAUACAGUUUUCUUUUUCCACUCUCUACAAUCAAUGAAGUAAACCCAUUGACUGUAUGCGUCUCUCGGACUAGUAUGAAGUAUGAGUCUCUCGGACUAGUGUGUGUGGUUUAUACCCCGAGUCUGGAAAUGUAUCUUAUCAAUAGGAAAUAUUUCUACUCAAAUUAUUUAUUGUGUGCAUUUCCGACAUCACAACAAGAGAUUUAUCACUGCGAAUCAUCUUAAGCAAGCGAAACCAAAUACAAUCGAAUGAACUACAUGACUGUGUCCGUGUGUUGGAAGGGAAGAAGAUUAUUGCAGGGCAAUUAUAGUUGUUGGCAUCUGAUCGCCUUCAUCCUUUGAUUAAACUAAUUUCACUACGUUGUUUCAAGGUGACGUACUAUCUACCAAUGCCAUUUUCAAAGGGAAGUAUCAUAUUUCCGAUACUUGAAGACCGAUUAAACAAUUAGCAACCAAUAACCAUAUUUGCAAAUAACUCGACUGCCUUUCAAGAGAUGAUGCAACCAAGGGGAGUGUAGACUUCAAUAUCUGCCAAGCUGUCUUUUAUUAUUGCUUGUGGUGGGAGAAUACCCCUAUAUAUAUGCGAUGCACGGAAGGAUCCACGUCGAGAUAGACCCUUAGAAGAGACAUGCCCUGAAGCUUUUGGAAUGUUUUUGCGGAGGUUGUUAAGGGAGGAAUUUGACAAUUGAAGCAGUCGUCACAAGAAUAUCAUGACUAAUGCAUGUCUCGAGGGACAACACAUUAGCGUGAGCAAUACAUGUUAUUGUUAAAAAUUGAUGAGUCCACCAGGAAAUUAUUUUCGACGAGGUUUCAGCGUUCACCUUUUCUGAUGAAUAUAGAUAGAAUUAUGUAAAUGGAGCGCUGUAAAUGUGUGGGAAUAAAUCGCACAAAUGCCUUCAGUUGAGAGGAGCGGUGCUAUGGCGCAACGCAAACUUAGCGAAAGCACUGGAGGAUCAGGUGGAGCGGACUCGGGGACACCAGUGUCACCCUUUCCAGGAUCACAAAGGUAUACACCUAUUGGUGUCUUGAAGGAAGGGAAUUACGGAAAAAUUGAGUUGAUAGUAGAUAAACGAUCAGGAGUGAGGUACGCUUUGAAGCAAAUCAAGAAGGACACUGUUAAAUUUAAGGAAUUUCAUCGAGAAAUAGUACUUAGCUGUGAAUUGUCGGUACACGCGGCUGUUGUCGCUACACUUCCUGAUACAUUUGAGUCUAACGAUGCCUAUAUGAUGCUCCAAGAGUAUGCUCCAUAUGGGGACCUCCUGGAAGCGAUUCCUCCGCAAAGAGGAUUGGACGAAAUACGUGUAAAAUCUUGUCUUGCCCAAGUAGCAGCUGCCCUAUCUUUCUUGCAUUCCAAACGUCUUGUUCAUGGCGAUGUCAAACCUGAGAAUGUUCUCCUAUUCGACAAAGACCUUACAGUAGCUAAGCUUUCAGAUUUCAGUCGUACCCGGCGGAGGGGAUCGUUGGUUCGAAAAAAUGCUCGUUCGAUCCCGUAUUCACCACCCGAAGUCGCUCAGGCCCUGGAGAACGAGAGUUUCGCGUUAGAACCCAGCCAGGAUUCUUGGCACUUUGGCGUAAUGUUGUUCUGUGUCCUUACGGGUAUGUUUCCGUGGGAGAUUUCAGAUCCGUCUCGUAGCUCCUGCUUUGAAGAGUUCACUCGAUGGCAAAAACGUAAGGUCACCGUGGCACCUCCAGCGUGGCGUAAUUUUACACCUAAGCUUCUAAAGCUCUGCCGAAAGCUAUUGGAACCUAAAGCUGAGAGAAGAGGUUCAGUUUCGCAAAUUCAUAAAUAUAUCGGUGAUUCCUGGCUAAAACAGCCUACGUCUUCAUCGCCCCCUAAUCGAGCAGAGACGGGUGCAGCAGCAUCGAAGAGAACACCUCUAGGUCAGAACAUCACGUCCAAUGCAAAAGAAGACAAAGAGGGCAACGGUAGCAACGACAGCAAUAACAACAAGACGUGUAUGGAUGAACUACGAGACAAACUUGAGGCCCAUGGCGUAGUUACCAGGACAAACAAAGAUCUAAGAAGGCAGAGGACAGCAGACUGGGUACGGGAUACAUGUGUGAAUCCUAUACGUGAUCCUUCAUGAAGCCAAAUAAUUGAAACAUUUACACCAAAGCGAUCAAAAUAAGACAAAAUCACUUUCGUAGAACUCUUACAGUGCAAUCCAGUUCGGGUAUUUUAAAACUUUAUUUAACUAUGUUUAGGUUCGCAUAGUUACGAAGCAUUUCAAACGGUGUUAGGCAGUUAAAGUUGGGCUAGAUUGAAUUUCAAAAAUUCGUUGAGGCCUAAUAAUAAUGGUUUCGCCGCCAUUUUAAUCCCUCACGAAAAGGUGAUCCACGUGUGAACAAAUUAAAGUUAUUAAAGUUGAAAUAAGUUUCAGUUUCAGAUCAGUCAAAAUCAUGUGUGUGUAGUCCUAUAUGUCUUUAUGCUAAAUAUUUUUUGACCAUACAACAGCUAUUCCACUGUUUCGUGUAUGUUUCAAGACUAACAAAAACUUAGCCACCUAGACUGAAUAGCAUGUAGAUGAUAUCGCCUGUCAGGAAAUAUACCAAACGUUUUACGGAGAUUUUGUUUUCGUUAAUAAUUAGGUAGCUCUGUUGUUGGUCACUUCCAACUUUCUCAUUCCUUUACAUAGGGCCCCAAUGACAUGUAGUAAACAACUAUAUUUGAUUUGUAAAUUAAUUUUAGUUCCAUUGGUGUAAGUCAUACGUGGUAUUUUGAUGAACUCACAAGUGUAAUCGGCAUGAAUGAUAUACCAUGGUGAAUUGUCAUUUCACAUCCUCUCAGUUUUAUUGAGCAGGAAUUAAUGGGGAGGGUCGUAAUGAUGCAAUAUAUGGUAAAAGGUUUACUGGCAGAGAAUUAAUUGCUAAUUAUUGGGGGAAGUUAUGUCCCUGGCGCCCUCUUAAUAUACAAUGUGAAUCAUCAUCACCACCAACAUCACUGUCAUCAUCGUCGUCUUUGUCGUUAUCAUUAUCAUUUACAUCUACAUGAUUACAAACUAUUCAAGAACUGUGAGAGAUUCCAUAAAUAUAUUAUAUUAGAUAACAUAUAAAAAUACACCCCUACGAUCAAUGUGAUUUCAUUGCUGCGUAUAUUGUAGUGUUAACUAUUAAACCAUCAUUCAACUUGAGAUUAAGCCACAACUAAAUUUUGUAUCGCAAGGUGCAAGUACAGAUGAGCUACGAUGUAUGAAUGAAAUCGAAAAGAAAAGCCAUGAAAAAGAUGAGUUGAUCUCAAAUUCAUAUAAACAGGGCGCCAAGUGAUCGCCAUCAUAUUUUCCUCCCUCAAAAUCCUUGCGGAAAUUAGAGAUGAACACGUAGUCGAAAAUUAGCGACCAUAUUUCAUGUUUUUCCGUGCUCUUUUCGUUUUUUGAUUAACGUCCAAGCUGCUCGUCGGCCUACAGCUAUAUAAACAACUCAAAAGAUAUGUCUUCCUUCUCCGCUAAUCCAUCCGACUUGCCAUUUUCCUUUGGAGGCAAUGCAGUAUAUAUGUAGGCUUUGUUAGUUUGAUGUUAGUCAUGACAAUGUGACUUUCGAGCGCAGUUAUAGGAUCUCUUUCACACUUACAGUCCGAUGCCUGAUCAGUGAUAGCCAAUAAAAAAAAUGACACAAACGGGAAUUCCUGAAAGUUUGUCCGAUCCUAUAAAAAGGAACGAAGUGCAGUUAGUGUGACUGUGUGACCGAGGUUACAUUAUACAGGAAUUGUACUAUUUGUGUAUGGAUUAUACUUCAGGGUGCCAUUUGCUUUUACUUGAAGAAUAAAUUUGGCAAUACUUUUUUUCGGUUAGAUUAGCAAUAUUUUUUCGGUUAGAAAAAGAGAAAGAGACAGAGAUGUUUUUCAAAACCUUCAUACAGUACAACCAAUGAACGAUACUUGUUUGAUAUUUCCAUAGAGUAAUACUUAAAGUUAUGUUUGUAUAGCUGUCAAUCACCUUAUAAUGUCUUUGAGUACCGAGGUAGAACAAUAUUGCAUUGAUUACCGAGGUAGGAUAGUGUUGACUCAUCUCAUGUUGGUAUUGUUUAUACAUCAUGACAGUAGUCAUUAUCGGCGAUGGAUGGAUAUAUUCAAGAAUACACUAUAGGUAUACAUAUUUCGAAAUUACCACGAUUACGGUUUCGGACGACUACCACGAUUACGAACGUUAUGUAAUGUGAUUUUUUUUGAAAGCCUUUCAGGGAAAUGUGAUAUGUAUGUGAGUAUUGUGAGAGCAUGACUGCUUACAAUGCGUCCAUGCAGUGCGUCCUAUGAAUGAAACUUUGAUUCUUGGUUAUUUUUUUCAACAUAACCUUAACACGAUUCGUGAAUUCUCAUGUAAUGUCGAUCAUUAUAACUGACUGUAAGUCUUAUUGUACAUGUCAUGCCAUAGACUUACAUGUUCUUUGAUUGUAUCUUGUGUUAAAUGACACACCGAUCAAAAUAGUAUUUCGUUAUUUCAAAAUGACAUCGUUAUCGUUAGAUUGGAUGUGACAUUCAUAUCUUUUAUUGUGUGUUAUAUUGAAUCAACAAUAAUCGUAAUAUGUACAUAGAAUUGGAAACAAUUGCCGUAAACAACAUGAGCAAUCAAACAGAAAAAGGAAAGUGGAGGUAUAAUAAAAAUAUAAAGACAUGAGCGACUAUAUAUUAGAAACAUUUAUGACUCAAAGUAACGCAUUGACUAAAACAUGACUUGGUAAUCCUGCACAGCUGUUAUUCAACAAAGCACUGUAUACACUUCAAAAACAUCGAGUAAAUAUUUACCCGAUAUUGGGUAGAAAGGGAACAUGCAUGUUUGCUGGGUAUUUUCCUCCCAAUAUCGAGUAAAAUGCAUGUAAUUUCCACGCAUCAUUGCGUAAAAUUUACAAAAUAUUUGGUAUCUCUUUACCCAACAAUUAUACAUGUUCCCAUUUUACCCAAUAUUGGGUAAUUCUUUUUUAUAGUGUAAGGUGCAUGUACAGGGUAUGACAUUUAUCUUAUUUGAUUUCCCUUUGUUUAGGAAAUCUAGCUUGUAUUUAUUACUUCACAUCAAACUGUUCUCUGCCCAUCUGUAAUGACACAUACCAUUAUUAAAUGAUGAAACCCAGCGUCAUUGCACUAUAUUUAAACAAAGCUUGAUAUACCUACUUAACAAGCAAAUAUAUUUAUGUGAAUCCAUACAUCUUAGUCUAUUAAAGUAACCUACAAGUUGUGCAAUAUUGUCAUUGUCUUCCGAAGUGGAAUAAAAACAAAACUUGAAAUGGUAGAUAUGAUUGCGUUUCAUAUUCUUGCAUAGUAUUGAAUUGUAAAUGUUGAAUAAUGUUUGAAGAGAAAAUAAUAUUUCAAUGUUCAAUGCUUUGGUUGAUGUUAUUAAUUCUGAAUGAAAAGAUAGAUGUAUAUAUAUUUGAUGCAAAAA